AUGGCCGAUGGGACGGAUGGUGAAGACUGCACCACGAAGCUUACCGUCGAUGUGUGGCUGAAGCGAGUAGAACGUCGAAGACAGUUAGCCUAUCCGAACGAUUGCGAUUCCUACAGUGAACACCAGAUGAACGAUGAAGUGCACGCCAAACGAGGCUCCUGGACCGGGCGUUACGACUUCUUGCUAUCGCUGUUGGGAUAUUCGGUGGGGCUCGGGAAUGUCUGGCGUUUUCCCUACCUGUGCUACAGCAAUGGAGGAGGUGCGUUUCUCAUACCGUUCGUUGUGAUGCUGAUCAUUGCCGGUCUUCCGCUGAUGUUCAUGGAGCUCUCGUUGGCGCAGUAUGCGGGGUUAGGUCCGGCGGUAAUCUUCAAACGACUUGCUCCGCUAUCGGAGGGGCUCGGGUACGGGAUGAUACUGAUCGCCGGCAUGGUGAUGCUGUACUACAACGUGAUAAUCGCCUGGACGGUCUUCUAUAUGGCCGUGUCGUUCGAAGACCCAUUGCCAUGGCGUGGUUGUCAGCAGGAAUGGGCCUCACCGAACUGUUUCUCCUAUGAGGAGGAGGAUGAGUGCAUUGCAACUAACCGAGCGUACUAUAUGGCAAAGUGUGUUACGUUCGAACAGGUUCGUAUGCUCAACACAACACUCAGAACUCCACGCAAACCGCCGGCAGAGGAGUUUUUCAGAAACUACUUCCUCCAACUUUCUUCCGGCAUCGAAGUCACCGGCGGCAUCAACCAACGCCUAGCCGUGUGCCUGCUAGUUGCAUGGAUUAUCGUGUUCCUCUGUCUAUCGCGGGGUGUCAAGAGUUCCGGUAAGGUCGUCUACUUUACUGCCCUCUUCCCGUACGUGGUCCUGACGAUGCUGUUUGUACGUGGCCUCACGUUACCCGGUGCGUACGAUGGUAUCAUGUACUACCUGCGGCCAGACUGGGACAAACUGCGUACAGCUCAGAUCUGGGGUGACGCAGCGGUUCAGAUUUUCUUCGCCCUUAGCCCAGCUUGGGGCGGUCUGCUGACGUUGGCAUCGUAUAAUCGUUUCGAUAACAACUGCUACCGGGACGCACUGCUGGUAGCCAUCUGCAACAUUCUCACGUCCUUCUUCGCCGGAUUCGUUAUCUUCGCCAUCAUUGGUUUCCUGGCCCACGAACUGGACACAAGUGUGUCGAGUGUUAUCGACCAGGGUGCCGGUCUAGCGUUCGUGGUAUUUCCCGAACUCGUUGGGAAAUUGGAGAUGCCGCGGCUAUGGUCGGUGCUAUUUUUCUUCAUGCUGCUUACACUUGGUCUGGAUUCGCAGUUCACCUUGAUGGAAACGGUCGUUACGGGCGUGCUGGAUACUUUCCCUACGCUGCGCCAGAGAAAGCUAGUAGUCGUAUCCUGUGUCAGCAUAGUCGGCUACCUUGGGGGAUUGAUAUUUGUGACCAAAAGUGGAAUGUACUGGUUUCAACUGUUCGAUAAGUACGCCGCCAACUGGUCUGUCCUGUUGAUCGCUAUCGCGGAGUGCAUGCUGAUCGGUUGGGUCUACGGCGCAGAACGGUUCAUCUGCAACAUCGAGCAAAUGAUGGGAAAACGGUCGGUUCUAUUCCGACGCUUUUGGAUAACGAUUUGGAAGUACAUUACCCCGGCAACACUGUUGUUUAUCCUGUGUUUCAACUGGGUGCAGUACUCGCCGGUCACGUACGGUCGAUACAUCUAUCCGGACUGGGCGGACGCCAUCGGAUGGAUUAUUGCACUGGCUCCGUUCGGGAUCGUAAUUUUCGUAGCAAUCGUGCGACUCCAAAGUAGUCCCGAUAAAAUAUCGCGACAGAAAAUACUGAAGCUACUGCAACCGUCGCCGGAAUGGAAACCAUCGGAACCCCGAUUGGCAGCCGAAAGGGCGUAUGAGAAUAGUGGAGGUGUUGAGCUUUGA